GAGUUGCAGCAGAGGCGGCGGUGGCGCUGAGACACCGCAGCUUCCCCGAGCGCCGAGUCCCUCCGGGGACAGCAGCAGGGAGCGCCCGCGCAGCCACCGAGCCUCGGCCCAACCAAGCCGCCGUCGCCGCGCCGGGGGACCGCCAGCCAUGGCCGCGCCGCCGGAUACGCAGGACGAGCUGCUGCCGCUGGCCGGCCCCGGGUCCCAGUGGCUCAGGGACCGGGGGGAGGGGGAGGACGAAGCGGUGACGCCGAAAGGGGCCACGCCAGCGCCGCAGGCUGGGGAGCCCAGCCCGGGGUUGGGCGCCAGGGCCCGGGAAGCGGCGCCGCGGGAACCCGACUCGGGCCCCGCCCGGCAGUCGCCCGUUGCCAUGGAAACUGCAUCCACAGGUGUGGCAGGUGUUUCCAGUGCCAUGGACCACACCUUCUCAACAACAUCAAAAGAUGGGGAAGGAUCAUGUUACACAUCUCUGAUUUCUGACAUCUGCUAUCCACCUCAGGAGGAUUCUACAUAUUUCACUGGAAUUCUUCAGAAGGAAAAUGGCCAUGUCACCAUUUCAGAGAGCCCUGAGGAGUUGGGUACACCCGGCCCCUCCUUAGCUGAUGUGCCUGGGUUAGAGUCUCGUGGCUUAUUUAGUUCUGAUUCUGGAAUAGAGAUGACUCCUGCAGAGUCCACUGAAGUGAACAAGAUCUUAACAGACCCUCUGGACCAGAUGAAAGCAGAGGCCUAUAAAUACAUUGACAUAACCAGACCCGAGGAGGUGAAGCACCAAGAACAACAUCACCCCGAGUUGGAAGAUAAAGACUUGGACUUUAAGAAUAAGGACACUGACAUCUCAGCGAAACCUGAAGGGGUCCGUGAACCUGACAAACCAGCUCCUGUGGAGGGAAAAAUCAUCAAGGACCAUUUAUUUGAAGAAUCCACAUUUGCUCCGUACAUAGAUGAUCUCUCUGAAGAACAGCGCAGGGCUCCUCAGAUCACCACCCCUGUCAAAAUCACACUGACGGAAAUAGAACCUUCUGUUGAAACCACUCCCCAAGAGAAGACCCCUGAGAAGCAAGAUAUAUGCCUAAAGCCAAGUCCUGACACAGUCCCCACUGUCACUGUCUCGGAGCCUGAAGACGACAGCCCAGGAUCUAUCACCCCUCCAUCUUCUGGAACAGAACCAUCUGCUGCAGAAUCCCAGGGGAAAGGCAGCAUCUCCGAGGAUGAGCUGAUCAUCGCCAUCAAAGAAGCAAAGGGAUUAUCAUAUGAAACUGCCGAGAGCCCACGGCCGGUGGGCCAGCUGGCCGACAGGCCUGAGGUCAAGGCCAGGUCUGGACCGCCAAGCAUCCCCAGCCCCCUGGACCACGAGGCUAGCAGCGCAGAGUCGGGGGAUUCAGAGAUCGAGCUGGUGUCCGAGGACCCCAUGGCCGCGGAGGACGCGCUGCCCUCAGGCUACGUGAGCUUUGGUCACGUGGGCGGCCCACCGCCCUCGCCCGCCUCGCCAUCCAUCCAGUACAGCAUCCUGAGGGAGGAGCGCGAGGCCGAGCUGGACAGCGAGCUCAUCAUCGAGUCGUGCGAUGCCUCUUCGGCCUCGGAGGAGAGCCCCAAGCGGGAGCAGGACUCACCCCCGAUGAAGCCCGGCGCCCUGGACGCCAUCCGGGAGGAGACAGGGGUCCGGGCCGAGGAGCGCGCGCCCAGCCGGCGGGGCCUGGCCGAGCCGGGUUCUUUCCUCGACUACCCCUCAGCUGAGCCCCAGCCUGUCCCCGAGCUGCCCCCUGGAGACGGAGUCCUGGAGCCUGAGACGCCCAUGUUGCCACGGAAGCCUGAGGAAGAUGCAAGUUCCAACCAAAGUCCUGUGGCCACAAAGGGCCCUGGGCCUCUAGGUCCUGGCACCCUGCCCCCACUGCUGUUUCUCAAUAGGCAAAAAGCUAUUGACCUGCUGUACUGGCGGGACAUCAAGCAGACGGGCAUCGUGUUUGGGAGUUUCCUGCUGCUGCUCUUCUCCCUGACCCAGUUCAGUGUGGUGAGCGUGGUGGCCUACCUGGCCCUGGCCGCACUCUCAGCCACCAUCAGUUUCCGCAUCUACAAAUCUGUUUUGCAAGCUGUGCAGAAAACCGACGAGGGCCACCCUUUCAAGGCCUACUUGGAGCUUGAGAUCACCCUUUCUCAGGAGCAGAUUCAGAAGUACACGGACUGCCUGCAGUUCUACGUGAACAGCACACUUAAGGAACUGAGGAGGCUCUUCCUUGUCCAGGACCUGGUGGAUUCCUUAAAAUUUGCAGUCCUGAUGUGGCUCCUGACCUACGUUGGCGCUCUCUUCAAUGGCCUGACCCUGCUGCUCAUGGCUGUGGUUUCAAUGUUUACUCUACCUGUAGUGUAUGUUAAGCACCAGGCACAGAUUGACCAAUAUCUGGGACUUGUGAGGACUCACAUAAAUGCUGUUGUGGCAAAGAUCCAGGCUAAAAUCCCAGGCGCUAAGAGGCACGCUGAGUAAACUGAUUUCCCACCAGGGACUGGACACAAACAGGAAUGUCUGGAGUGGUAACAGCUCUCUUCUUACUUGUUACUGCAAAUUGAUUGUUCCCCUCCUCCCCCCAGUACCAUAAUCUUAGAGACAAACCUUAAAACAGCUGUUUUUAGGCUGUUCCUUGUACUCUUAGGAUAUUUGAGUCACUUGUGUCAACCACUAAAGUAUAGAGAAAAGUGUAUUAGAUGUGGUUUUUAAUUUUGUGUUGCUAAAAAAAGUGCAUGAUGGUGAGAGCCCAAGUUAUCUUUCCCUCUUCGGUGUUCUUCUCUUCUCUGCAAUGCUUCUGUAGCUUCUAACGUUCCCUGUGGCUAGGCCUUUCCUGCCGAGUGCUCUGAUGCAAUAGUGGAAAUCGCUUAUAUGUCCUUGGGUUGCUGGUUGGAAUAAUCUUUAAUAACAAUAUAUAGAAUUGUAGACUGAUGUUUUAGCAUUUUUCCAACACACACAACGUAAAAAUAAAAACAGUCGACCGUACUUAUGGUAAUCAGUUUUGUAUAACUUAAAAUAAUUAAAUAAAUGAAUAAACCCAAAACAAACAUGCCAUAGUUUUGUUGUAUGGGAUUGGUGGGCUGAUUUACAUGUAUGGUUACUAAAAAGUACCAGCAUGUUAACUUUAUUACAAUUUGUAUUACUUUCUCUGUAGUUCCUAAUGGAUUCAGUUACGGACUCUGGAUAUUUGCACUUAUGUACUUGAUACUGAAUGCAUAAAUAAAUGUUACUAAAUG